GACACGCUAGAAGAGGUUGAGGCCGAGACACUUGGUGAAACACUGGUCGACGUCGAAGCCGAGGCACUGGUCGACACACUGGCUGUCAGAGUAGCAGAGGUUGAGGCCGAGAUACUUGGCGACACACUAGGCGUUGUGGAGGGUGAGGCACUGGUCGAGACACUGGCUGACAAACUAAUAGACGUUGAGGGCGAGAUACUUAAAGAUACACUGGUCGAUGUGAAGACCGAGGCACUGCUCCAAGCACUUCGUAAAAGACUAGCAGAGGUUGAAGCUGAGAUACUUGGCGACACACUGGUCGAUCUGAAGCCCGAGGCACUGCUUGAUACACUGCCUGAAACUGUAGCGGAGAUGGAGGCAGAUAUACUUGCGGAGACACUGGGGGAUGUAGAGGCCGAGUCACUGCUGGAAGCACUGGCUGACACACUAGCAGAGGUUGAGGCCGAGAAACUUGGUGAUACACUGGUCACUGUUGAUGCCGAAAAGCUGGUCGACACACUGGCCGACAGACUAGCAGAGGUUGUGGCAGAGACACUUGGCGACACACUGGGCGAUAAGGAGAGCGAAACACUGUUAAACACACUGGCUGAAACGCUAUUAGAGGUGGAGGCCGAGACUCUGGUGGACACACUGGCUGACACGCUAGCAGAAGUGGAGGCGGAUGCACUUGCCGACACACUGGGCGAUGUAGACGCUGAGUCACUGAUCGACACACUGGCUGACACACCAGCAGAGGUUGAGGCCGAGGUAUUUGGCGAUACACUGGUUGAUGUUAAGGCCGAGGUACUGCUCAACACACUGUCUGAGAGACUAGCUGAGGAAGAGGCCGAGGUACUUGGAGACACACUGGUAGAUGUGGAGGCUAAAGCACUGCUCGACGCACUGGCUAACACGCUAGCAGAUGUGAAAGAGGAUAAACUUGCCAACACAUUCGGCGAUGUAGAGGCCGAGUCACUGGUCGACACACUGUCUAACACACUAGCAGAGGUUGAGGCCGAGAUACUUGGCAAGACAACGGGCAAUGCAGAGGCCGAGGUACUGGUCGACACUCUGGCUGAUACGCUAGCAGAGAUUGAGGCAGAGACACCUGGUGACACACUGGGCGAUGUGGUGGCCGAGUCACUGGUCGACACACUUGUUGAGACGAUAGCAGAGGUCGAGGCUGACGCACUGGUUGACACACUGGCUGACACGCUAAAAGAGGUUGAGGCCGAGACACUUGGUGAUACACUGGUCGACAUCGAAGCUGAGGCACUGGUCGAGACACUGGCUAAAACACUAAUAGACGUUGAGGGCGAGAUACUUGAGGAUACACUGGUCGAUGUGAAGACCGAGGCAAUGCUCCAAGCACUUCGUGAAAGACUACCAGAGAAUGAGGCCGAGAUACUUGGCGACACACUGGUCGAUCUGGAGCCCGAGGCACUGCUUGAUACACUGCCUGAAACUGUAGCAGAGAUAGAGGCAGAUAUACUUGCCGAGACACUGGGGGAUGUAGAGGCCGAGUCACUGCUGGAAGCACUGGCUGACACACUAGCAGAGGUUGAGGCCGAGAAACUUGGUGAGAUAUUUGCCGAUACACUGGUCGAUGUGAAGGCCGAGGUACUGCUCAACACACUGUCUGAGAGACUAGCCGAGGAAGAGGCCGAGAUACUUGAAGACACACUGGUCGAUGUGGAGGCUGAAGCACUGCUCGACGCACUGGCUGACACGCUAGCAGAUGUGAAGGCGGAUGCACUUGCUGACACACUGGGGAAUGUAGACGCCGAGUCACUGAUCGACACACUGGCUGACACACUAGCAGAGGUUGAGGCCAAGGUAUUUGGCGAUACACUGGUCGAUGUUAAGGCCGAGGUACUGCUCAACACACUGUCUGAGAGACUAGCCGAGGAAGAAGCCGAGAUACUUGGAGACACACUGGUCGAUGUGGAGGCUAAAGCACUGCUCGACGCACUGGCUGACACGCUAGCAGAUGUGAAGGCGGAAACACUUGCCGACACACUGGGAGAUGUAGACGUUGAGUCACUGGUCGACACACUGGCUGACACACUAGCAGAGGUUGAGGCCGAGGUACUUGGCGAGACACCGGGCGAUGCGGAGGCCAAGGUACUGGUCGACACUCUGGCUGAUACGCUAGUAGAGAUUGAGGCAGAGACUCCUGGUGACUCACUGGGCGAUGUGGUGGCCGAUGUGGAGUCACUGAUCGACACACUGGCUGACACACUAGAAGAGGUUGAGGCCGAGACACUUGCUGAUACAAUGGUCGACGUCGAAGCCGAGGCACUGGUGGACACACCGGCUGUCAGAGUAGCAGAGGUUGAGGCCGAGAUACUUGGUGACACACUAGGCGUUGUGGAGGGUGAGGCACUGGUCGAGACACUGGCUGACACACUAAUAGACGUUGAGGGCAAGAUACUUGGGGAUACACUGGUCAAUGUGAAGACCAAGGCACUGCUCGAAGCACUUCGUGAGAGACUAGCAGAGGUUGAGGCCGAGAUACUUGGCGACACACUGGUCGAUCUGGAGCCUGAGGCACUGCUUGAUACACUGCCUGAAACUGUAGCAGAGAUGGAGGCAAAUAUACUUGCCGAGUCACUGUUGGAAGCACCGGCUGCCACACUAGCAGAGGUUGAGGCCAAGAAACUUGGUGAUAGACUAGUCGAUGUUGACGCCGAGGCGCUGGUCGACAUACUGGCUGAGAGGCUAGCAGAGGUUGUGGCAGAGACACUUGGCGACACACUGGGCGAUAAGGAGAGCGAAACACUGUUAGACACACUGGCUGAAACGCUAUUAGAGGUGGAAGCCGAGAAACUGGUUGACACACUGGCUGACACGCUGGCAGACGUGGAGGCGGAUACACUCGUUGACACACUGGGCGAUGUAGAGGCCGAGUCACUGGUCGACACACUGGCUGGCACACUAGCAAAGGUUGAGGCCGAGGUAUUUGGCGAUACACUGGGCGUUGUGGAGGGUGAGGCACUGGUCGAGACACUGGCUGACAAACUAAUAGACGUUGAUGGCGAGAUACUUGGAGAUACACUGGCCGAUGUGAAGACCAAGGCACUGCUCGAAGCACUUCGUGAGAGACUAGCAGAGGUUGAGGCCUUGAUACUUGGCGACACACUGGUCGAUCUGGAGCCCGAGGCACUGCUUGAUACACUGCCUGAAACUGUAGCAGAGAUAGAGGCAGAUAUACUUGCCGAGACACUGGGGGAUGUAGAGGCCGAGUCACUGCUGGAAGCACUGGCUGACACACUAGCAGAGGUUGAGACUGAGAAACUUAGUGAUACACUGGUCUCUGUUGACGCCAAGGCGCUGGUUGACAUACUGGCUGACAGACUAGCAGGGGUUGUGGCAGAGACACUUGGCGACACACUGGGCGAUAAGGAGAGCGAAACACUGUUAGACACACUGGCUGAAACGCUAUUAGAGGUGGAGGCCGAGACACUGGUGGGCACACUGGCUGACACGCUGGCAGAAGUGGAGGUGGAUACACUCGUCAACACACUGGACGAUGUAGAGGCCGAGUCACUGGUCGACACACUGGCUGACACACUAGCAGAGGUUGAGGCCGAGGUAUUUGGCGAUACACUGGUCGAUGUGAAGGCCGAGGUACUGCUCAACACACUGUCUGAGAGACUAGCCGAGGAAAAGGCCGAGAUACUUGGAGACACACUGGUCGAUGUGGAGGCUAAAGCACUGCUCGACGCACUGGUUAACACGCUAGCAGAUGUAAAGGCGGAUACACUUGCCGACACACUGGGUGAUGUAGAGGCCGAGUCACUGGUUGACACACUGGUUGACACACUAGCAGAGGUUGAGGCCGAGGUACUUGGCGAGACACCGGGCGAUGCAGAGGCCGAGGUACUGGUCGACACUCUGGCUGAUACGCUAGCAGAGAUUGAGGUAGAGACACCUGGUGACACACUGGGUGAUGUGGUGGCCGAGUCACUGGUCGACACACUUGUUGAGAUGCUAGCAGAGGUAGAGCCUGACGCACUGGUCGACACACUGGCUGACACGCUAGAAGAGGUUGAGGCCGAGACACUUGGUGAUACACUGGUCAACGUCGAAGCCGAGGCACUGGUCGACACACUGGCUGUCAGAGUAGCAGAGGUUGAGGCCGAGAUACUUGGCGACACACUGGGCGUAGUGGAGGGUGAGGCACUGGUCGAGACACUGGUCGAGACACUGGCUGACACACUAAUAGACGUUGAGUGCGAGAUACUUGGAGAUACACUGGUCGAUGUGAAGACCGAGGCACUGCUCGAAGCACUUCGUGAGAGACUAGCAGAGGUUGAGGCCGAGAUACUUGGCGACACACUGGUCGAUCUGGAGCCUGAGGCACUGCUUGAUACACUGCCUGAAACUGUAGCAGAGAUAGAGGCAGAUAUACUUGCCGAGACACUGGGGGAUGCAGAGGCCGAGUCACUGCUGGAAACACUGGGUGACAUACUAGCAGAGGUUGAGGCCGAGAUACUUGGCAAGACACUGAGCGAUGUGGAGGCCGAGUCACUGGUCGACAAACUGGCAGACACACUAACAGAGUUUGAGGCAGAGACACUUGGCGAUACACUUGGCGAUAGGGAGAGGGAAACAUUGUUCGACACACUGGCUAAAACGCUAGCAGAGGUGGUGUCCGAGAAACUGGUCGAGACACUGGCUGACACGCUAGCAGAAGUGGAGGCAGAUACACUUGCCGACACACUGGGCGAUGUAGAGGCCGAGUCACUGGUCGACACACUGGCUGACACACUAGCAGAGGUUGAGGGUGAUGUACUUGGCGAGACACUGGGUGAUGUGGAGGCCGAGGUACUGGUCGACACACUGGCUGAUACGCUAGCAGAGAUUGUGGCAGAGACACUGGGUGACACACUGGGUGAUGUGGUGGCUGAGGCACUGGUCGACACACUGUCGGACACGCUAGGAGAGGUUGAAGCAGAGACACUUGGCAACACA